AUGCCAAUCACCGUCGUCAUCGGUAAAAUCGAAGCGCAGGCAGGCAGCCUUUGGUCAAUCUAUUCUACACUACAUUCAUUACCCACACAAGGUAUACAGGCCACGCAGAGAGGGGUGGGCCCCAUGCGCAAAGACGAGACGGACGACCAACCUGAAUCCAUCCCGAAAAGGAAGAGAAGCCAGCAAUAG